GACAAAGUGAUGAUAGGGUUACUGUUUCAAUAAAUUUAGGGAAUGACAGGCUUCGAAAGAAACUUCCCUUCAACCCUACGGGAGCGAAUGAAUGACGACCGCGAGAUAUUCAUUUUCCAGUCGUGGCUUCGAAAUUAUUCAGAGCAAAUCAUGAAUAUCCCCUCCACGUCCCAACUUUUAUAUGAUAAAGACACAUCGCGCUUCGUCCACAAACUUGAAAACUCUGGACUGAGACAUGCUAUUCAGCGGUACCGGGCUGCUCAGGCCACCGAGUUUGAUCGCAACAUUUGGUCAAACUACGACCCCGAAUCGUGUUCUUGGAUUCAAGUCUUCGAUGAGCUCGAGAAAGCCAAGAAGGAAUACGAGUCUCGCGCGAAUAACAAUGUUUUUCGAAAGGCCAUUCGGAAGGGCCACGGCAUUGCCAGAAACGUUAAACCUUUUCUGGAAGGCAUCCCUCAGGACGAUGGAUUGGGAUUGCUGAAAGGAGCAUUGCUAAUCAUCUUCAAGGCGGUGCAGGACAGAUCAGUUGCUCGCGAAAAGAUUUAUGACAGCUUUUCCAGCAUGCCUAAAGCAAUAAUCGACGCCGAGAGAUUACGCCAACAUUACCCCGACGACGAAUCAUUAUUCUUUGCAUUUCAGAACCUGAAUGACGAGCUUAUCAAGGCUAUACCAUCUCUCAUUGACGUCCUUCUGAGAAGAACCGAAAAAUCCAAAGUCAGAGCACUGACGAAGUCUGUCUUUUAUGAUCCGGUAGCCGAAGUAGAAGACAUUUUGAAGCUAGUGAACGUCGCGAAAGAAAAUCUCGAUCGUUGCCGAGAUAACUUGAAUACAGGGGAGAUCGCAAUAAUAAGGCCAGGGUUACAGCUUAUGCACGAAAACGUCAUUCACAGCAGAGAUCAAAUGAGCCAAGGAUUCAGUCACGUUGGCCAACAGCUUACACAGCUCACGCAAGCCACAGAAGAAGCAAACAACAUUAACACCUUGAAGCUUGGAGAACUCCAAGCACGGAGAGAUUCAGUACCCGAAGAUAUGUCUUUAUUAACCAGAGAAUUGAUAUCGACGAGGGAACUCGUCACUUCAUUGUAUACUCUGGUCCAGGAAAGAAUGAGGAUUACACCGCCAUAUCCAGCACCGGAUGAUUCACCAUCAACCGCAGAUUUUAUGGUGCAGGAUAUUAUGGAGACCAUAUGCAGCAAGAACGAGAGAACGGCACACGUUCGGGAUCUGGGCUUUGUCCUCCGCAAAUAUCACGAGUUCAGUCCCAAGGCACUUGGGCGAGCAAAAUACCUAAUGGAGACGUCCGAGUUCCAUGGUUGGUUCCUGAGUACUGGCUCUGAGAUGUUGCUUGUAGAUGGACACUGCGAUGAUCAGAGUAUUGGCCGUCUUGCACCAACUUCCCUUACUUGCGCUGGGCUUGUUGAAACCUAUGUCCAUGAGGACUACAAUUCGACGGCUUUGACAUUAGCGCAAACACCGAGGAUCAUCCUAUACUUCUUUGCGGGGGAGCACAUCAACUCUAACAACGGCCUCCACGGGCCUCACGGGUUGAUUCGGAGUCUUGUAUACCAGCUUCUUUUACAAUGGCCCGAAGACGGACUUCCAGACCCGAGACUUUUCAGAAGUCAACUGAAUGCAGCGAGAUCCGCCGGAGAACUCAGCACGACAUCUUUAUGCUUCAUUUUCGAACAGCUUGUGUGCCAACUGAGCUCCGACUUUCCAGUGUGCUGCAUUAUCGACGGGGUGUCGUAUUUUGAGACGAGUUUGUAUGGAUGGAGAGAUGACUUGACAAACAUAGUCAACUGUUUCUUAUCAUGCAAGGAAGCAAAGUCUGCGUAUGAAGGACAGGGAACUAUUAAGUUUUUGCUAGUCAGUCCGGAUAAGAGCACGAGUGUUUGGCGCCUUAUCAAUCAGGUGGAUCAUGUUGAUUUGAGAGCUGGCAAUAUGCAUUCCUGAUCCGUGUACUAGAGCAGCAUGUGUACUGAGAUGCUGAGGGCAGAAGACUUGUGCUGGGAAUGAAAAAGCCAAGAUGAGAGAUUCUCCCAUGUGCGCAAUCCAAUCCCAAGGGCUGGUCGGCCAUCCUUCUAGCUGUCUCACUCUCACAGAAUCCCUACAACUAAGAUAGGGGGGGGAUUGCUUCGAUUUAUGAACAGCGCUAUGCAACAGACAACGACG